UACAAGACCGAGCUCUGCCGUUCGUGGGAAGAAAAUGGCCACUGUCGCUACGGCGCAAAGUGCAAGUUUGCUCACACCGAGAAGGAGCUCCGCCGCGUCGAGCGUCAUCCCAAGUACAAGACCGAGAUGUGCAAGACCUUCUGGGAGAAAGGCACCUGUCCCUACGGCCGACGAUGCUGCUUCAUUCAC